UUCCUUUCAUUUUCAGUCACAGACGGUCACAGAUCUAGCUUUCGGCUUGGAAGUUAGACAGCAAUUUACUGAGUUUGAAUAAGCUUGAUUACCUUGCUAUACAUUAAAAGUUGUUGUUUGACAACAUUUGGUGCUUUAUCUUAAGCUAGAAUGGAAGAACAUACUCUAAUUUCUGCUCUACAGACAGAUUUGACUUCUUCCAGAAUUUCGGUGAUCGGAGUCAUUGUAUUCGCUGAAAGACCUAAAGCAACUCCAACUAAAUAUGCCACAACUGUAGCCACGAAGCGAUACGUUUUCAACUUUACCAUCUGCGACGAAAAUCAAGACUCGAUAAACGUGAGUUGCUGGGGCACUGUCGAUUACGUGACGCCAUUGUCUGACCUGUGCUUCAUCGGUGCUCACGUCAAAAUAUCGAACCCACGAGUAGUUGUCAGCGAAAUGAAAAACAUGGGCUUUCUACCCGAAGUUACCAGCGAACACCAACUUCAUUUGGAUCUACAAUAUUCAUCGUCGAUUGACACUUACGGUGACGAUUACGACUACACCAUCACCAACGCACUCGAAAAUUCUUUCCACACUCCCCCAACAUUGAGAGACCCAUCGAAAAAGGUGUCGAUAAGAGAUUUGAUGCUUGAUACUAAACGUUCAGAAGGCGAUUUCGUUAUCCUCACUGCUGUAGUAGCUGAAGUGGGUCCAAUUUUGGAUUUCAAGGUCAAUGAUCGCAAAGCCCGCCGCCAGGAGGUUAAAUUCGUCGAUCAAUCAGAUAAAGAAAUGUUCAUUACAUUGGUACUAUGGGAUUCUGUUUGUCAAGUGUUUACGACGGAAUGGAAACCCUUUGCUACCGUUAUGCAACUGACCAACGUGAAACUGCAAGUGGACAAGAACACGAACCGCAAGUUUUUAGCCACAACAUCCCGCACUAUCCUCACGAUCGAUCCAAAUACGGAAGAGGGUUAUCAAUUAGCCAACUAUGCAACUGAGCUCAAUCCGGACGAACUGAUGAACGCUUUCCUCCAGCAAAUCCAGCCUGAACAAUUCUUCCGUAACAAGGCUAUCAAACAAGGAAAUGUUGCUGCUCUGGGUGAUUUUAUUAGUCGAAUUAGUCCAGGUGGUCGUGAGCAAGCUGUUCUUCAUCAUGUCAUGAUUAUGACAUUUAAUUUGGAUCGAGCAAUCAGCGUCAAAUGUGGGCAUUGCGGAAGACGGAGUGGAUUUCUUGAUCUGGAUUUCAAGUCGGUUCCAAUGUGCAUCAACGAAACAUGUCGCAAUAAAGAAUCCAACGACCAGCUUUACUUUGAUUUCAACAUUUCCAUUGGCGACUCGACCGGAUCGAUGAAGUGGUUGCGCAUUUCUGGCGACUUUGCUGUUCAAAUACUCGGCCAAGUUACGCCGGAGCUCUUUAUUUCGAUGUCGGACGAAGACAAGAUGGAAUUGGUGAAUCGUUUUUGGUUCGAGUUCUACGAGAUUGGAAUUCAAAUUGAGCACCGAGUUAAUGGAACGAAAAAUAUGAAUGUGAUUCAUUUGGAGCCAGUCAUUUUUGCCAAGCCAUAA